AAAACGGAAGGGGGUGAUAUGCCAAUUUUAACAGCCAUAUGUGUUAUGUCGUUCUUUACAUACGUAUUUUGACAACGGAUUCUUCCAUUUAGCUGAUCAAGAUAUGUGGCUCACGCCGGGUGUGACCGGUGAACAGGAGAGUCAUUUCCCAUGGACACUCCAGAGAGAUGCCGGGAGCUCCGGGAGUUAUAUGAUAAAUUCAGUAGAAUAAGGAGGGACAUUAAUGCAGAACAUUGUAAAAAGCUCGACAUGUUACACCCUCACUUUGAUGAUCAGGUUAAAUUUCGCACACUGGAUCUUGAAAGGAAAUACGAAUCGGUUGUUAUUGCAGGGGAGGCAAGUGCUGGCAAAUCAUCAUUGAUCAAUGAACUGUUGGGGUUGAAACUAGUUAAAGUUUCUAAAAAGUCAACGUCUGACACAAUAUAUAGGGUGCACAAAGGUGAAGAAUUGAGAUUGAUAUGCACAAGUAAAGAGGGAAAAGAACUCCAAAACUCCACGUUUGGGAGUGAGGAAUCCUUGAAAUCAGCCUUGAAGAAAGUAGACUUACCAGAGAUGUUAUAUGUUGAUAUAUUUCUUCCAAAAUCUACACUUAAGGACAAUGUUGUACUGGUUGACACGCCAGGUGUUGGAGUUUCCAAAGAACAAAAUGAACCAUUACUGUCUUACAUUCCGCAUGCUGUUGCUUUUGUCUUCGUCGUUAACGUCGCCAAUGCUGGAGGUUUUCAAAGAGGGCGGCUGUUGGACGUUUUCAAAUAUAUUAAGGAGAAGCUUGAAGAAAUGCCAUGUUUUGACCCAAAGGAUGUCUUGUUUCUCAUGAAUAAAUGGGACCGUAUCGAAGAGCACGAACGCGAUGAAAUCAUUCGAAAUGCAACCAACAUUCUUCUUGAGGAAUGGUGUUUUGUUUCCAUGGCACCAAGAAACACAUUUCAUGUAAGCCUUAAAGAGAUAAAAGGGGAAGAGGAUUCAACAAAUUCUUUUAGGGUAGAAUUGGACAGAUUUAAGGAAACUCUCGAUAAGAUGAUUGCCAAAAAUUCUAAUAAACGAUUAAAGGCGCAUUCAAGAUACCUGGAGGGAUUAUUGUUUGAUGCAAAGUGCUCUAUUGUCGCAGCUAUGAACUACGAGCAAUGGAAAUGCGAAGCCAAGUCAUUAUUAGAUGAAGUAAACACUGAACUGGAACUCGGAAAUCAGAAGACAAAUGAGUUCAGCAUGUUGCUUAAUGAGGAAGCAGAGAAACUUGCGCGCAAAUGUAAAGCUUAUAUGUCUUCUGAAGUUCUCAAAAGGGAAAUAGUGAAGUCGGUCACUGCCAAAGGAUCAUCGAAUCCAAAGCAGACAUUAUACGAUGAGUUCAUCAAUCAACUUGAACUCUGGUGUAAAAGUGAAGAUGUAGCAUCAACAGUAACAGAGAUUGAUCUCAAAAUUGGUCAGUUAUCAAAGAAAUCCCAAGAAGAAUUGAAAAGUUUUUUGGACCGGAUUACAGGACUUUCUACAGAAUUUCCAGAUGCUCCAUUUGAUUUCAAAGGAAUCGUUGAUAAAUUUAUGCGCGAUUUUCCAAAGGCAGUAUCUUUUCAUGUUAUUGCAAAAGUGUUAUGGUAUUUUUCGACCACCUCAAGAAAAGAAGAAAAACUAAGAUCUAUACUCGAUGUAAUGUUAGAAAAAUGUUCUCAGGAAAUCUUAGUUCGAAGUUUCAAAAGAAUAUUUACUUUGUAUUUCAUCCCAAAGAUAGAUUACUUAAUCAGAGCUAAUUUGAAAAGAUAUGACGUUGUACACACGACACUCGAACAAUUUGGCGUGGUAUCAGAAAUGAGCGACGAAGAACGGGGGAAGAUGAACACCAUCUUUGAUGAUCUGAAGAAGGUAUCCAUUGAAUUGUCGAAAUUGCAAAGCAGAUGUACAGCGUUAUAAACUUGAAAUUGUAUGUAAUUCCGCGACACUGUUUGAGACACCUAUCUUCAAUAUGAAGAUACGACGAACUAAUGCAAUGUAAUAAUGUUUUGUUUUUUAAAUGUCGGUUUGAUAAACUUCGAAUCCCGCUCGCGCCGAUAAGUGAGAAAGUUUCCCAGUUUACUUUCGGAAGGUCGGUGGUCUAUUCCCAGGUAAAUUGUAUCUGGGUUCUCUCUUCCACCAAUAAAAACUGGGCGCCACCAUAUAACUGAAAUUUUGUUGGGUGUGGCGGAAAAAAGCAAAACAUUCAAUCAAUAAACUAAUGAUCAUGUUAGAUAAAAUGUGAAGAUAACUAACAGUGAUCAAUCUCAUAACCCCUAUAAGCAAUACAAAAUAGAAAGUUGGGUAAACACGGACCCUUGGACACACCAGAGGUGGGAUCAGGUGCCUAGGAGGAGUAAGCAUUCCCUGUCGACGGGUCACAUCCGCCGUGAGCCCUAAAUCUUAUCAGGUAAACGGAGGUAACCAUAGUCAAAAUCAGUGUGCCAAGAACGGUCUAACAAUCGGUAUGAAACACAUCAGACAGCAUCUGACCAAAUAAUGGGUUUUAUUGACGAACUAGAUCGUUAUAACGACCAUAUAAUUUUUGAAUUGCUGAUUUCUAUCGAGAAUGUUGAAACCCUUGUACCAUCUACUUGUUUGCCUCGAUUUAAAAACUGACCAUACUCAGACAAGAUAUUGCAUAUUGAAUGGGUUAAGCUGGUGUCAGUGAUCCAAUUGUGUUUGAUAAACAAGGAAUUCAUGUCCUAUAUUUAAUGACACAUACUUUGAUUUAAUCAGCAUGUUUGAUGACACGUGUGUUUUGAAGCCAUGCCAAUGCUUCCUUUACCAAUUUAACAUAGAUGUACAUGAAUGUAUACCAGACAAGAUCUUUUUUGUAGACAGAUCGCAUUAUUUAUAUAUUUGUCAAGAAUUGUUUGUAUAAAUUCUGAAUGCAAGAAAUUAUUGGCAUAACUGAUGUAUAUAAAGAAAAAGAUAAUGGGAAUAAUUUGGACUCUUGGCCAGUGAAGUGCUGAUGAUUUCCUAUCUAUGUAUGCUUUAUUGAACAUAAAAUGUUAUUACAUCUAAUUACUUCAUGAAUAAUCCAAUAAUUGUGUUUGCUUUGUUCUGUAUCGCUUCGAUGUUGACUGCAGUUAUAAUAAAAUCUGGAAAACCCAAAGAUUUGUGUUGGUAAACACGAUC